AAGGGGGUAUGUGGGUCUGGGAUACAGGACAGAAAUGUCUCUUGUCUCACUGAUGAUGGCAGACCUGUCAACUCUUCCAAAUGUCCAGUAGAUCAAGAAAAAUUAGUUAUGCAGGUGAGAACAGAAACCAGGAAACAUAUGCUGAUGUUUGUUUAGGAAAUGUGCACAGAUAAAUUAUAAGGAGGCUAAAUGUUUAGUUUAAUUGUUAUAUUUGUGCUACCUCGUUACAUAUUUGUGCCAGCCCGGUACAUGUUUGUUUUAAUUGUUAUAUUUGUGCUACCCUGGUUCAUGUUUGUUCGCUGAAGAAGACUUCUUGACAACGUAAUCGUUAUUGACCCUUGUUUCACAUAUUUCCUUCUACCUAUCCUGACUGUGGUCUCCCCCCCCCCCUCCCACCCAACCUAUCAUCAUUUUAUAGGAUAAUAUCUUUCCCCCAUCCCUGAACAAUGCCUUCUCCUCAUUUUCCUGGAAAAUAUCUUUACCUCCACUUCCUUGACAAUACUUUCCCCUGGUCGUCCGUCAGAUCUUCCUGAAUAACUUCCUACUGGCAUAGAAGAUGUGGAAAGAGGGGACUGUCCACGUUGAGAAGCAAUUAUUUUGGGCGACAUUUUGGGUUCUCUUCAUAAACUUAAAAUAGCUUAUUAGUUAGUGAAUUCUUUUUUUCUUUGAACAAAAGAGUCGAAAAAAAAAGCGCUGUACCGUGAGUCACCAACUGUAGCUAAUCCGCUGUACUGUGAGUCACCAACGGUAGCUAAUCCACUGUGCAAUGAGUCACCAACUGUAGCUAAUCCACUGUACUUUGAGUCACCAAAUGUAGCUAAUCUGCUGUACCAUGAGUCAUCAACUGUAGCUAAUCCGCUGUACCGUGAGUCACAAACUUAGCUAAUCCGCUGUACCGUGAGUCACCAACUGUAGCUAAUUUGCUGUACCAUGAGACACCAACUGUAGCUAAUCCACUGUACCAUGAGUCACCAACUGUAGCUAAUCUGCUGUACCAUGAGUCACCAACUGUAGCUAAUCCACUGUACCGUGAGUCACCAACUUAGCUAAUCUGCUGUACCGUGAGUCUUCAACUGUAGCUAAUCCGCUGUGGCGUGAUUCACCAACUGUAGCUAAUCCCAUGUACCUUUCCCUCACACCUGGACAAUAUCAAUCAGCCUCCUGCCUUGUAUGAAAUCUCUGGAAUUAUCUUUCCCCAACCCCCUUCAUUUUUACCCCCAACCCCCUUCUUUUUACCCCAACCCCCUUCUUUUUACCCCAACCCCCUUCUUUUUAACCCAACCACUUUUUACCCCCACCACUUUUUACCCCAACCCCUUUUUACCCCUCAACCCCCUUCUUUUUAUCCCAACCCCCUUCUUUUNCAACCCCCUUCUUUUUACCCCAACCCCCUUCUUUUUACCCCAACCCCCUUCUUUUUAACCCAACCACUUUUUACCCCCACCACUUUUUACCCCAACCCCUCUUUACCCCUCAACCCCCCUCUUUUUAUCCCAACCCCCUUCUUUUUACCCCUUACCCCCUUCUUUUUACCCCAACCCCUUCCUUUUUACCCCCAAUCCUCUUCUUCUUCUUCUAUAUAUAUAUAUUAAGGGUCCACAAUCAAUUCAUUUAUCAUUUUGGCUCCUAUGCAUGUAGAGGGGAUUUGCAAUGUUUCUGUGCCUGGUGCUGAUGAGGAUAUUUCAAUGAUUACAAGUGCUACUUUGUGAAGGAAUCAUGCAAUUGGGGUUUGAAGGCUUGAGGCAAUAGACACAAAUGAGUCUAGCGUUGUCGCCUCAACUGUUCCUUUUGAAAGCUUGUUCCAGUCCCUGAUUGUCUUGGGAAGGAAUGAGCAGCUCCUAUACUGGCUUCUUGCUGGUAUGAGCCGGAACUGCCUGUCAUGGCCUCGUCGCUGUCUAUGGGGGAGAGGGACGAGUUUCUGUUUAAUACUGGAACAGUGGACCAGCCCAUUAUUUAUCUUGUACAUUAUUUAUCUUCUUUUUACCCCCAACCCCCUUCUUUUUACCCCCAACAACUUUCUUUUUACCCCAACACCCUACUUUUUAAAUCUAUCCUGGGAAUAAAUACAACUGUUUACAUUAGAAAGUGAGACACUAAACGUUAGAAAGUGAGACACUAAACAUUAGAAAGUGAGACACUAAACAUUAGAAAGUGAGACACUAAACGUUAGAAAGUGAGACACUAAACAUUAGAAAGUGAGACACUAAACAUUAGAAAGUGAGACACUAAACAUUAGAAAGUGAGACACUAAACAUUAGAAAGUGAGACACUAAACAUUAGAAAGUGAGACACUAAACAUUAGAAAGUGAGACACUAAACAUGAGAUUGUCUUAAAACUUUGUGUCCUCAGACAUCCCGUCCAUGUCAUGUGCCUUGCCCUGGUGAAUGUUUCCUAUCCGACUGGUCAGCCUGGUCCAUGUGUUACAUUAGCUGUGAGGACUUUCAGCAAGGUAGGGCGAUGUAACAUUUUUACUGGGAAUUUCUUGUCAAACAAUCCUGACAUGUCAAUGACUUAAACAAUCCUGACAUGUCAAUGACUUAAACAAUCCUGACAUGUCAAUGACUUAAUCAAUCCUGACAUGUCAAUGACUUAAACAAUCCUGACAUGUCAAUGACUUAAACAAUCCUGACAUGUCAAUGACUUUUUCUUGAAUGAAAGUUUAAAUAACUGUAUGCUGAAAAAUAGUUUAUAAGCCUGAGGAAAUAUUGUGUAUGUUGGGGAGAGAAGGGGUCUCAUAAAUUUUGUAUGUUGGGGAGAGAAGGGGUCUCAUAAAUUGUGUAUGUUGGGGAGAGAAGGGGUCUCAUAAAUUGUGUAUGUCUGGGAGAGAAGGGGUCUCAUAAAUUGUGUAUGUCAGGGAGAGAAGGGGUCUCAUAAAUUGUGUAUGUCUGGGAGAGAAGGGGUCUCAUAAAUUGUGUAUGUCGGGGAGAGAAGGGGUCUCAUACAUUGUGUAUGUUGGUGAGAGAAGUGGUUCUUAUAAUGCAGUGGUUUCGUUAAAAUGUAUAACUAAGUGGAAGAGAUGAGAAAUUGAAGGACAAAUCAUAUAACAUCAUGUCUAGCCAAUUACUUACUUUGAGUAAUACAAUAAGUUGUUUAAAAUCCAAGUUUUGAAAGUUCAAUUUUGUGUAUUCAAUAAAAGUUGGGAAUUAUUUUCUACAGGCAUCUGCUUUGUUUUAAAAAAAUCUUAGUGACUAUAUCAUGCCUACACAUCGUUCAUAGAAAUUCGUUAGAUGAAUCUAACGACACAACGUAAGAAACUUUCACUGCAGUAUUAUUUUUCAAUUCAUAUAUUCUCUAAAUGUGUCCAGGGUUCAGUCAAGGUGUCCAAGCAAGAUCCAGGGCCAUCUUGGCUUACCCAUCACCUGGCAACCCUCCCUGCAAUGGGACGUUAUGGGAGGACCAGCAGUGUGAAGCCAACCACUGCACAUUUUUCCGGUGGAUAACAGGUGACUGGGAUCCCAGGACCUGGACAAGGAUGGUGGCUUGUGAGAGACAAGAUGGACUCAGGGUCAUAGGUCAGUCUAAUUUUGGUUGGUUUUGUAUGAGAUGUGAGUGACCUUAGGGUCAUUGGUCAGACUUAAAUGGUCAUAUGUGUGUUUGUGUGUGGGAGUUGAUAGUGGGAAUGUGAUGUCAGCACUUUGCAGAGAGGAACAUCAAGAUUCAUUUAGGCAGGUGUGGUCAACCCAAAUGACUUUAUGGGUCACUUGGAUUGCAUGUUAACUCUUCACAAGCCACUUGGAUUGCAUGCUGGGUGCAUAUCACUAACAAAGAAAAUAAUACUAAAUGACGCACACAGAUUUAUUUUUGUAUUAUUAAUAAUACAUCCAUUCGUGCUGGAACACACAUAUAUAAAUUGUUAUUUUUAGAUUUAAAUUCGAAAUAUAGCUUUUAUUAUAUUUCUGUACUCUCAGAGUUUUACUUUAGAUUAAAAAUUGUGCCAGUCAUUGUUACUUGCAUCACGGAAGUUGGAGCGGUGGAGUGAAAAUUGAGGAUGCCCACCAUGUUGUCCCAGUGAAAUUGGGGGAGCCAUUUGGGCAUGCGGCUAAGAUUCUCUCACAAAAGUUAGUUGAUAUUCCAAAAUGCAAGAAUACAUUUUGGUGCAUUCUUGAAAAUUGGUUUGAAUCAUUCUAUACAACUGGAGAACGGUAGAAGAAAUUCUAGUGUUAAUGUAGGUGUUUAUACAGGGUGGGCCAAAAAAAGUGAGAACAUCUCGUAAAAUAUUACGCUACGAGAUGUUCUCACUUUUAUUGGCCCACCCUGUAUAAAUUCUUCAUAAGUUUUGUAUUUACUAAAAAUUAACAUUAUUUUAAAAUUUUUAAGAGUCAAGAUUAAUAAUUUGUGUCUAAGGUUUUACAAACCACAAUAACAGGUGUAAAAACAAUGGCACAUACCGUCACAAAAAGUGCUUUAAAUAUAUUUUAAAUGAGCUUUUUUCACACGAACGAAAAUAAUCGCUAAUCAAAACAAGAAAUAAGUUUAUUUGUGGUACAUUUGACAAGCCACAAAGUUAAGCUCUGGCAUCAUGGGGUUGGCCUCCCCUGCAGUAAGGCUAGGGGCAUUAAAGUUGUUGUGAUUAAAAAAAAUGUGUGAUAUUUAUUUUCAAAUUAUUUCAGGGUUGAUCAACUUUGAGCUUUUAAGACAUGCUUCACAUUGUGGUUAAGAAGCUUGGAAGCACUGCAUUGUAAUUAAUCAAUAUCUCUAUAACUCAUUGUAAGGAAUUAAUGGGAACAAAAUGCUUUCAACCUUCAUAGUGAAGCUGUUUCAAGCUGUUUUCUUAAAUGUUGAAACAUUUACGAGGUCAUAGGAAAUAACAUGGAUUAUAUCUCCAUUGAACUUCAUUACAUCAAUUACAGAGAUAACAUGUGGAAACUAUCACCACAUCAUUGAUAAGGUUUCCAUGUGGAAGCUAUCACCACAUCAUUGAUAAGGUUUCCAUGUGGAAGCUAUCACCACAUCAUUGAUAAGGUUUCCAUGUGGAAGCUAUCACAUCAUUUAUAAGCAUUGCAUGUGGAAGCUAUCACCACAUCAUUGAUAAGGUUUCCAUGUGGAAGCUAUCACCACAUCAUUUAUAAGGAUUGCAUGUGGAAGCUAUCACCACAUCAUUGAUAAGGUUUCUAUGUGGAAGCUAUCACCACAUCAUUGAUAAGGUUUACAUGUGGAACCUAUCACCACAUCAUUGAUAAGGUUUCCAUCUGGAAGCUAUCACCACAUCAUUGAUAAGGUUUCCAUUUGGAAGCUAUCACCACAUCAUUGAUAAGGUUUCCAUUUGGAAGCUAUCACCACAUCAUUUAUAAGGAUUGCAUGUGGAAGCUAUCACCACAUCAUUGAUAAGGUUUACAUGUGGAAGCUAUCUCCACAUCAUUGAUAAGGUUUACAUGUGGAAGCUAUCACCACAUCAUUGAUAAGGUUUACAUGUGGAAGCUAUCACCACAUCAUUGAUAAGGUUUACAUGUGAAAGCUAUCUCCACAUCAUUGAUAAGGUUUCCAUGUGGAAGCUAUCACCUCAUCAUUUAUAAGGUUUACAUGUGGAAGCUAUCACCUCAUCAUUUAUAAGGUUUCCAUGUGGAAGCUACCACCACAUCAUUUAUAAGGUUUACAUGUGGAAGCUAUCACCACAUCAUUGAUGAGGUUUACAUGUGGAAGCUAUCACCACAUCAUGUAUAAGGUUUACAUGUGGAAGCUAUCACCACAUAAUUGAUGAGGUUUACAUGUGGAAAAUAUGAGACAUUUUGAUUUGGGGAAACUCAAUGUUGUUAAUUUAAAUAAGAUUUGAUGGUAUUCUUGAAAUCAAAUGCAGCAAGAGAGACAACCUGUGAAACAUAGUCCCGUUUUCAGUAUCUUCAUUUGCAUCCCUUUUAAAAGGGGUGUUACCAUAAACUAACAAGGUAGCAUUUCAGGGGGUGGGAGCAUUCCAGGGAAUGCAGUGCAGCAUUUCAGGGUGUGCAAAGUAGCAUUUCAGGGAGUGCAAGGUAGCAUUUCAGGGGGUGUAAGGUAGUAUUUCAAGGAUGCAAUGUAGCAUUUUAGAGUGUGCAAAGUAGCAUUAAAUUAUAUUUAACAGUAGCCAGUGUGCCCUCAUUAAAUAUGUCUCACAGUAGCCAGAGUGCCCUCAUUAAAUAUAUUUCAGCCGCCAGUGUGCCCUCAUUAAAUAUGUCUCACAGUAGCCAGAGUGCCCUCAUUAAAUAUAUUUCAGCCGCCAGUGUGCCCUCAUUAAAUAUGUCUCACAGUAGCCAGAGUGCCCUCAUUAAAUAUAUUUCAGCCGCCAGUGUGCCCUCAUUAAAUAUGUCUCACAGUAGCCAGAGUGCCCUCAUUAAAUAUAUUUCAGCUGCCAGUGUGCCCUCAUUAAAUAAAUUUCAGCCGCCAGAGUGUCCUCGUUAAAUAUAUUUCACAUUUGCCAGUUUUUCCUCUGUGUACUAAAUAUUAGUGAGAAGACAGUGACAAACUGACAAGUGUCAGCAUGUGUUGACUUCUAUCGUCAAACUGACAAGUGUCUGCAUGUGUUGACUUCUAUCGUCAAACUGACAAGUGUCAGCAUGUGUUGACUUCUAUCGUCCACAACGAUUAAGCAUGCUGUAGAGUUAGUUAUUGUGUAUUGAGUCGGUUUUGUGUGUGACUUUCGUUCUAGUUACAUAAGAUUGCUGUAGUGAGGAGAUCCACCAGAAACUGUUGACUGAGAUUCGUGCUCAUCUUCCCAACUAUUGUUUCUGAGUAAACUCUCUCUUCUUGAACCAUUUAUGUUUAUUUAUUUUUUUCAUUUACCCUUCAUACAAUCUUCUUGUCAUACAAUCUUCCCAUCACACAAUCUUCCCAUCAUACUAUCCUCCCAUCAUACAAUCUUCUAGUCAUACAAUCUUCCGAUAACACAAUCUUCCCAUCAUACAAUAUUUCCAUCUUACAAUCUUCCUAUCAUAAAAUCUUCCCAUCACACAAUCUUCCCUUUAUGUCUCAUGACUUUUCUGCACUUGCCGACCAUGUCAGCUCAUCUUGAUUCUUAUUGGAAACAUUCAAGGGAGAGCAAUCGUGUAGCCGAAAUUUCCAGCCAUAUAGAAAAUUCAAUAAGACAUGAAACCCCCACCACCCCCACUCACCAGCCAACCCCCUUUUUAUCACAUUCCAUCAUGCCCCCCCCCCAACCACGUGCCGACAUCCUACUUAUACACACAUAAAGAACUCAUAAAAUUGUCACGAAUGAUGUGAUAAAAUGUCAACAUGACAUGAUAUUUCCUAUGCCGCCCGAGAGGUGUCUGUUUAAGACUUUUGAGUGCAAAGUUUCCAACCAGAGCUGACAUCGCACAGAUUUGAAAACCGUCCGUAGUUAAUGUGACGUAAUAUCCGGUUGUGUUUCCCUAGUAACGUGGUAAUGGCGAAUAUGAGUGACAGGCAAGACUAAAGAUUGAGCAUUACAUGAUAGGGGUCUAGAACUUUUGAAGGGGCAUUUCGUAAUAGGGGUCUAGGACUUUUGGGUGGAACAUUACGUGAUUGGGGUCCAGGACUUUUGGGGGGAAAGAGAUGACCUAGAAAGAGAUUUCGGAAUAGUUGGACAACUGUUAGUCCAGUGGUCGGCAAAUCGCGGCUCGCGAGCCGCAUGCGGCUCUUUAGCGACCUGAGUACGUCUCGCCCAGUCGGCCACAAAUCGGGUUUGACUCCAAAAAACAUUGUUCUUGAAAAGACAUUUGGCUCUCAAACAUUUUUUAAUCGUCUUGUUGCUGAUUUUUGGCUCUUUUGACUAAUGAGUUUGCCGACCACUGUGUGAGCCUCUGUAGCUUUUCUUAUGACUUUUAGCACGCCUUAAUCAUGGGUAGGCUUCAAGAAUUCGCCAUUCAUCUCGGUCCUGCGCUUUCCUUUCCAGUUGCUUCCAGGUGUAUCCCAUACUUUGUUAGUCUGCCUCUAGCUCGUGUCUCAAUGUAUUCGGUGGCCGUCCCUAUCUUCAAUUUUCUCCGUGGAUUCCAUGUUAGGGAUUGUCUGGUGGUGUUAUCUGGGGGUUUAUGAAUAGUGUGCCCUCUCCACCUCCAUCUUUGCCGUGUGAUGUCUUCAGCAAUAGGCUCCUGUUAUCUCCUUUCCAUUAAGUCUUUGUUGAUGAUGUUGGCCAAUUGAUGCACAUGAUCUUGGGGACUUUUGGGACAUUUUUGGAAUAGUUGGACCAUUGGAAAUCUUGGGGACAAAAAACGACAUUUAAUAUUUGGACAAAUGGUGGUCUUGGGGACUUAUCAGGACAUUUUGGCAUUGCUGAUCAACUGAUGGGCUUAGGGACAUUUAAGGACUUUUUGCAAUAGUUGGACAACUGUAAGUCUUGGAAACAUAUAAGACAUUUGCAAUAGUCGGACCAUUGUAAAUCUUGGGUACAUAUAAAGACAUUUUGAAAUAGUUGGACAAUUGUAAAUCUUGGGUACAUAUAAGAACAUGUCGUUUAUUAUAAAUGCCCAAAUGUCAUUAGAUGUUUUGAAGAUGGUGGUGGGGGGGUGGUUGGUUGUUGGAGUGGGUAAGGGAUCAAUUGACUGCAGUACUCUCUGUGUUUUAUGUUAUGAACCUUAUUAUGUUUUCACACAUUUUAUUGAACACACUAUUGAUUAAUCAACUGAAUAUGAAGACAACAAAAAAAUAUGAUAUUGACAAAAUAAAUGUGAACUUGAAUCUAAAUAAGGAGUCAUCUUUUGAAAUGCCAAUCUUCUGAUGUCUCAUCAUCUGUUGUCUCAUCAUCUGAUGUCUCAUCAUCUGUUGUCUCAUCAUCUACUGUCUCAUCAUCUGAUGUCUCAUCAUAUAUUGUCUCAUCAUCUGUUGUCUCAUCAUUUAUUGUCUCAUCAUCUGCUGUCUCAUCAUCCGUUGUCUCAUCAUCUGUUGUCUCAUCAUCUACUGUCUCAUCAUCUGAUGUCUCAUCAUAUAUUGUCUCAUCAUCUGUUGUCUCAUCAUCCGUUGUCUCAUCAUCUGUUGUCUCAUCAUCCGUUGUCUCAUCAUCUACUGUCUCAUCAUCUGUUGUCUCAGCAUCUGUUGUCUCAUCAUCUGUUGUCUCAUCAUCUGUUGUCUCAUCAUCUGUUGUCUCAUCAUCUGUUGUCUCAUCAUCUGUUGUCUCAUCAUCUGUUGUCUCAUCAUCUGAUGUCUCAUACAUUUAUUGUCUCAACAUCUGUUGUCUCAUCAUCUGUUGUCUCAUCAUCUGUUGUCUCAUCAUCUGUUGUCCCAUCAUCUGUUGUCCCAUCAUCUGUUGUCUCAUCAUCUGUUGUCUCAUCAUCUGUUGUCUCAUCAUUUAUUGUCUCAUCAUCUGUUGUCUCAUCAUCUGUUGUCUCAUCAUCUGUUGUCUCAUCAUCUGUUGUCUCAUCAUCUGAUGUCUCAUCAUUUAUUGUCUCAUCAUCUGUUGUCUCAUCAUCUGUUGUCUCAUCAUCUGUUGUCUCAUCAUCUGUUGUCUCAUCAUCUGAUGUCUCAUCAUCUGUUGUCUCAUCAUCUGUUGUCUCAUCAUCUGUUGUCUCAUCAUCUGUUGUCUCAUCAUCUGAUGACUCAUCAUCUGUUGUCUCAUCAUCUGUUGUCUCAUCAUCUGUUGUCUCAUCAUCUGUUGUCUCAUCUGCUGUCUCAUCAUCUGCUGUCUCAUCAUAUGUGGUCUCAUCAUCUGUUGUCUCAUCAUCUGUUGUCUCAUCAUAUGUUGUCUCAUCAUCUGUUGUGUCAUCAUCUGUUGUCUCAUCAUCUGUUGUCUCAUCAUAUAUUGUCUCAUCAUCUGUUGUCUCAUCAUCUGUUGUCUCAUCAUCUGUUGUCUCAUCAUCUGUUGUCUCAUUAAAAUAAACCCAUUAAAGAAAUCCCACAGUCAUUUUAAAAAACGUUUAACACAAGACAAAUAGGCAAUGAACAUUGAGUCCAAGAAAAGAGGAGACAGUCCAGGGUGGGACAGAUGGGGCGUCCAGGGUGGGACGGAUAGGUCAUUCGAGGUGGGAAGAAUGGGGGGUGGGACAACGGAAGAUGGGACGGUGCCAGCGCGAGACAACUUUGAUCAACUUGGCUCUGGUUAUCAAGCCGUCUCGGCUGGCUCCCACUCUUAGUUUUGUGAGCCGAGCCAUCGUGCGCUCCCAGUAGAGGGAGUUUUGUGGAGGGAGUUUUCGUGUGUGGUAAAUCGGUAUUCAUCGUGUUGAGAACGCUCGCUUAUCGUCUGCUCGCUCUGCGUGGCCGGGAAAAGAAAAGGACUCUUAGGUCUACAGUGCCACUAGUUAAGGCGUUCAAUGCGGGCCAGUACCCGAGAGAUAGAUUUUGACCUUUUCAGCUCAUGCCACUAGAUAGGUCGACUGUGCUGUGUUAGGCGCACUCUGUCAAAGUAUCAAACUUUUGUGGGAUAACCGCAGGUGAUAGUGACAUUGUGUUUAUUGAGCCAACUGAACUGCUGGUGAUUCUGACAUUGUGUUUAUUGAGUCAACUGUUGGUGAUACUGACAUUGUGUUUGUUGAGCCAACUGAACUGCUGGUGAUUCUGACAUUGUGUUUAUUGAGCCAACUGAACUGCUGGUGAUUCUGACAUUGUGUUUAUUGAGCCAACUGAACUGCUGGUGAUUCUGACAUUGUGUUUUUUGAGUCAACUGUUGGUGAUACUGACAUUGUGUUUAUUGAGCCAACUGAACUGCUGGUGAUUCUAACAUUGUGUUUUUUUGACAUUGUGUUUAGUAAAUAAAGUUCUGCGUUGGAUUUAAACGUAAGUAGUAAAUAAACAUGAAUGUGUGACCUAUUCGUUAGUUGUAUACCUCAAAUGGUUGCUUGCGUUGGACUGGUCUAUGUCCUGAUAGUUAGUUGUAUACCUAAAAUGGUGCUUGUGUUGGACUGGUCUAUGUCCUGAUAGUUAGUUGUAUACCUCAAAUGGUGCUUGUGUUGGACUGGUCUAUGUCCUGAUAGUUAGUUGUAUACCUCAAAUGGUGCUUGUGUUGGACUGGUCUAUGUCCUGAUAGUUAGUUGUAUAUCUCAAAUGGUUGCUUGCGUUGGACUGGUCUAUGUCCUGAUAGUUAGUUGUAUACCUCAAAUGGUUGCUUGCGUUGGACUGGUCUAUGUCCUGAUAGUUAGUUGUAUACCUCAAAUGGUUGCUUGCGUUGGACUGGUCUAUGUCCUGAUAGUUAGUUGUAUACCUCAAAUGGUGCUUGCGUUGGACUGGUCUAUGUCCUGAUAGUUAGUUGUAUACCUCAAAUGGUGGCUGGCGUUGGACUGGUAUAUGCCCUGAUAGUUAGUUGUAUACCUAAAUGUUGGACUGUUCUAUGUCCUGAUAGUUAGUUGUAUACCUCAAAUGGUUGCUUGCGUUGGACUGGUUUAUGUCCUGAUAGUUAGUUGUAUACCUCAAAUGGUGCUUGCGUUGGACUGGUCUAUGUCCUGAUAGUUAGUUGUAUACCUCAAAUGGUUGCGUGCGUUGGACUGGUAUAUGUCCUGAUAGUUAGUUGUAUACCUAAAAUGGUGCUUGUGUUGGACUGGUCUAUGUCCUGAUAGUUAGUUGUAUACCUCAAAUGGUGCUUGUGUUGGACUGGUCUAUGUCCUGAUAGUUAAAUGUAUACCUCAAAUGGUUGCUUGCGUUGGACUGGUCUAUGUCCUGAUAGUUAGUUGUAUACCUCAAAUGGUGCUUGUGUUGGACUGGUCUAUGUCCUGAUAGUUAGUUGUAUACCUCAAAUGGUGCUUGUGUUGGACUGUCUAUGUCCUGAUAGUUAGUUGUAUACCUCAAAUGGUUGCUUGCGUUGGACUGGUCAAUGUCCUGAUAGUUGUAUACCUCAAAUGGUUGCUUGCGUUGGACUGGUCUAUGUCCUGAUAGUUUGUUGUAUACCUCAAAUGGUGCUUGUGUUGGACUGGUCUGUGCCCUGAUAGUUGUUUCCCUCAAAUGGUUGCUUGCGUUGGUCUAGUCUAUGUCCUGAUAGUUAGUUGUAUACCUCAAAUGGAUGGUUGUGUUGGACUGGUCUAUGUCCUGAUAGUUAGUUGUAUACCUCAAAUGGAUGGUUGUGUUGGACUGGUCUAUGUCCUGAUAGUUAGUUGUAUACCUAAAAUGGAUGGUUGUGUUGGACUGGUCUAUGUCCUGAUAGUUAGUUGUAUACCUCAAAUGGUUGCUUGUCUUGGACUGGUCUAUGUCCUGAUAGUUAGUUGUGUACCUCAAAUGGAUGGUUGUGUUGGACUGGUCUAUGUCCUGAUAGUUGUAUACCUCAAAUGGAUGGUUGUGUUGGUCUGGUCUAUGUCCUGAUAGUUAGUUGUAUACCUCAAAUGGAUGGUUGUGUUGGACUGGUCUAUGUCCUGAUAGUUAGUUGUAUACCUCAAAUGGAUGGUUGCGUUCGACUGGUCUAUGUCCUGAUAGUUAGUUGUAUACCUCAAAUGGAUGGUUGUGUUGGUCUGGUCUAUGUCCUGAUAGUUAGUUGUAUACCUCAAAUGGAUGGUUGCGUUGGACUGGUCUAUGUCCUGAUAGUUAGUUUUAUACCUCAAAUGGUGCUUGUUUUGGACUGGUCUAUGUCCUGAUAGUUAGUUGUAUACCUCAAAUGGAUGGUUGUGUUGGUCUGGUCUAGUUCCUGAUAGUUAGUUGUAUACCUCAAAUGGUUUCGUGUGUUGGACUGGUCUAUGUCCUGAUAGUUAGUUGUAUACCUCAAAUGGUUGUGUGUUGGACUGGUCUAUGUCCUGAUAGUUAGUUGUAUACCUCGAAUGGUUUCGUGUUUUGGGCUAAUGGGCAUACAUUAAAAACAUUUUUUAAGAACGGUAAAUGUUUCAUCUUUUCUUAGAUUGUAAGUGGACAUUAAUAAAUGCGACUGGAAAUUUGCUGACAUUGAAACAGUGUUGUCGGUCUUAAGUUGAUUGUUUAAAAAUUAUCUUGAGGUUUUUAACUCAUUUUUCGACGUGUUAAAAGGUGAUAUCUUGAUGUGUUUAAAAUGGAUAUAUCGAAGUGUUUAAAUAUGAUAUCUUGAGGUGUUUAAAAUGGAUAUUUCGAGGUGUUUAAUUUAAUAUCUUGAGGUGUAAUAAAGUGAUAUCUUUUAGUGCAUAAGAGUGAAAUCUUAAGGCCCAUUAACUAAGAGUUUGCAUCAUUCAAAACUAUAAGAAAGAUAUCAUUGAAGUAAUGCUACAGUUAGAUGAGAUCUAAAAAAAUCUCGAUGUGAUUGAUAACUGAAUGGUUCAAGUGAAAUGUUGGUGAAAUUGAAAAUUACGCUUGAGAUGUACAUAUAGAUGUACCUCGGUAUACAGCCUUAAUCCGUUCCAGAUCCUUGGACUUAUUCCAAACAGGACGUAUACCAAACAGGACUUAUUCCAAACAGGACGUAUACCAAACAGGACGUAUACAAAACAGGACUUAUACCAAACUGGAGGUAUACCAAACAGGACGUAUACCAAACGUAUUUUCCCCAUAAGAAAUAAAGUGAAAAUGAUUAAUCCGUUCCCAUUUUAAAAAAAUCAUACUUCUAUUGGCUCAUUUUACAUUUAUUGACGUGGUUGUAUAAAAUACUUUAAACACUGCUUAAUAUUAAUAUACAUUAAUAAAUGACCUUAGGUGAAAUAAAUGAAAAUUUAACCUCACUUUACCUGGGUGAGAAGCGUCAAGUGCUUACUAACUAAUAUGGGUGCUGAGAAGGAGGAGAUGUUAUGGCUUUGAAGCAGAGUCCGCUUCCAAUAAAACUUCAGGAAUACGACAGUCUGUUUUUUCUUUUCUUUUUGGCUGUCUCUUUGAACUAGUUGACCCUGGCUGAGGCUCACCAGGUUUGACUUUUACUAACAAUCUGUCUCAACAGCUUUGCUUCUGACUUCUCCUCGGGAUGUUUCGAAAUUGUGACAGUGUCGGGUCAUUCCAGGCAAUGCUGUUACGACUUCUUUGGGCUUUGUUGGGGUGGUACUUCUCUGCAAAGAUUUUGACAUCCAUCCAUUUAGCAAAGAUUUGCUUUAUUAAUGAAGUAGGAGCCUCCUCUAUCUCCUCCUCCUCAAAGCAUGAAGAGAGUGCAUUCAUCCUAGUCUUGUGCUCAUCCUUCUCAAGUUCCUGCACCUCCCCAGUUGUCAGCUCUUCCAUGUGCAUCGCCACUAACUCCUCCACAUCAAAUUCAUUACGCAUGCGCAAUGUGUAAUUUUGACACAUACAAGUUCUAGCACGCACGCGGGUCGUAUUUCAAACCAAGCAAAAUGUUUAUCGUCCAAACAGGACGCAUACCAAGUUGGACUUAUUCCAAAGCGGACAUAUACCGUGGUAUCACUGUAUAUACAUUAUUAAGUCUAAGAACGUAUAUAUGUGAUAUGAAUAGAUAUGAAUAUAUUUUAUUAUUUGACCGAUUACAAGUUGCAGUUAAUGGAUAUGAGGUGAGAGGUGAAGGUGGUAAUCUCUAGCCGAUGAUUCUUACUAUGCAGCCCUGAUAAGCUGCUCCAAGGCAACCGUUUCGUCCAAGCUACUUCGCAAACUAGUAGCGUGGUGGAAACCCACUGUAGAAACUCUCUUAAAGGGCGUCACACGCUUCUCCUCGAUGAGUGGGGGGGGGGAGAGAGAUUAGGACGUAAAUCUACCAUCCCAGCUGCUGAGAAAGUCGAUCGUGUGCAAACACAGUGUCGGACCGACCGGUUGUCUUUGGGUUGGGGCGGCCCCCACCGGAACCCGAUCGAGCGGACUCGGGUAGGGGCUGUUCUGGCAAAGAGGCAUCUCCAACUUACCGCUUCGCGGCCCGAUACCCGGCUUAGGGGGGAGGGUUGCUUUGGGGAGGGCAUAAAGAGCAUUAGCUUGACGGCUCGCUGACGCCAUUUAUUAAUGUGACAUUUGACCGAUAAAAACAUGUGAUUGUAUGAGAUAUUAAUUGAUAUGAUUGUCUAACGAUGAAGUGGUGUGAUAUUAUGAGAGGUGAAUAGAAGUGAUUGUACGAGAGAUGAAUUGGUGUGAUAUUAUGAGAGGUGAAUAGAAGUGAUUGUACGAGAGAUGAAUUGGUGUGAUUGUAUGAGAGGUGAAUAGAAGUGAUUGUACGAGAGAUGAAUUGGUGUGAUUGUAUGAGAGGUGAAUAGAAGUGAUUGUACGAGAGAUGAAUUGGUGUGAUUGUAUGAGAGGUGAAUAGAAGUGAUUGUGCGAGAGAUGAAUUGGUGUGAUUGUAUGAGAGGUGAAUAGAAGUGAUUGUACGAGAGAUGAAUUGGUGUGAUUUUAUGAGAGGUGAAUAGAAGUGAUUGUAUGAGAGAUGAAUUGAUGUGAUUGUAUGAGAGAUGAAUUGAUGUGAUUGUAUGAGAUAUGAAUUGAUGUGAUUGUAGAAGAGAUGCAUUGAUGUGAUUGUCAAUGAAAGAUGACGAUUUGAUUGUAGGAGAGAUGAAUUGAAGCGAGUGUCAUUAACAGAUAAUCGAUGAAAUUGUCUCAGAGAUGAAUUGAUGUUAUUGUAUGAGAGAUGAAUUCAAGUGAUUUUAUGAGAGAGGAAAUGAUUUGAAUUUCUGAGAGAUGAAUUGGUGUGAUUGUAUGAGAGAUGAAUAGAUAUGAUUGUAUGAGAGGUGAAUAGAUGUACUUGUUUGAGAGAUGAAUUGAUGUGAUUGUAUGAGAUAAAAUACAUUUGUUUUAAUGGACUUUCAUUAUAGAGUAUAGAUGUUUGGAUCGGUAAGGAGAGUUUCAUUUAUUCUGAAAAAAACGAAGAGAAAAUGCAGGACGGAUCUCACAACAUUAACUUGAUGGGUCUUUGCCUAAAUAGCAAGUUGUGGUUUGAGACAUACUGUUUGGAAAAAAUACACGAAUAAUAGGACACCAUAAAAUAUUAUAGGAACAGGGCAGCAUUUUAUCACACAAGAAUAUAAGGAAAAUAAAAAUAAGUUCUGAUGAUUUAAAAAAAAAGCCUCCGUCCAGAAGCGUCAUUGUCUCUACUUUAUAGCUCGACUUGACGUGGCGUUUUCAGUUCAAUCAAUUCUUUCUUUCUGCAACUCGACUUGACGUGGCGUUUUCAGUUCAAUCAAUUCUUUCUUUCUGCAACUCGACUUGACGUGGCGUUUUCAGUUCAAUCAAUUCUUUCUUUCUGCAACUCGACUUGACGUGGCGUUUUCAGUUAUAUCAAAUCUUUCUUUCUGCAACUCGACUUGACGUGGCGUUUUCAGUUCAAUCAGUUCUUUCUUUCUGCAACUCGACUUGACGUGGCGUUUUCAGUUAUAUCAAAUCUUUCUUUCUGCAACUCGACUUGACGUGGCGUUUUCAGUUAUAUCAAAUCUUUCUUUCUGCAACUCGACUUGACGUGGCGUUUUCAGUUCGAUCAAUUCUUUCUUUCUGCAACUCGACUUGACGUGGCGUUUUCAGUUCAAUCAGUUCUUUCUUUCUGCAACUCGACUUGACGUGGCGUUUUCAGUUCAAUCAGUUCUUUCUUUCUGCAACUCGACUUGACGUAGCGUUUUCAGUUCAAUCAAUUCUUUCUUUCUGCAACUCGACUUGACGUGGCGUUUUCAGUUCAAUCAGUUCUUUCUUUCUGCAACUCGACUUGACGUGACGUUUUCAGUUCAAUCAAUUCUUUCUUUCUGCAACUCGACUUGACGUGACGUUUUCAGUUCAAUCAAUUCUUUCUUUCUGCAACUCGACUUGACGUGACGUUUUCAGUUCAAUCAAUUCUUUCUUUCUGCAACUCGACUUGACGUGACGUUUUCAGUUCAAUCAAUUCUUUCUUUCUGCAACUCGACUUGACGUGACGUUUUCAGUUAUAUCAAAUCUUUCUUUCUGCAACUCGACUUGACGUGGCGUUUUCAGUUCAAUCAGUUCUUUCUUUCUGCAACUCGACUUGACGUGGCGUUUUCAGUUCAAUCAGUUCUUUCUUUCUGCAACUCGACUUGACGUAGCGUUUUCAGUUCAAUCAAUUCUUUCUUUCUGCAACUCGACUUGACGUGGCGUUUUCAGUUCAAUCAGUUCUUUCUUUCUGCAACUCGACUUGACGUGACGUUUUCAGUUCAAUCAAUUCUUUCUUUCUGCAACUCGACUUGACGUGACGUUUUCAGUUCAAUCAAUUCUUUCUUUCUGCAACUCGACUUGACGUGACGUUUUCAGUUAUAUCAAAUCUUUCUUUCUGCAACUCGACUUGACGUGACGUUUUCAGUUCAAUCAAUUCUUUCUUUCUGCAACUCGACUUGACGUGACGUUUUCAGUUCAAUCAAUUCUUUCUUUCUGCCCAAUUUUCUUCUGUUAAAGAGCGAAUUAAAAGUAAAACGUCAUCUUUGAAUACUGUUAUCCACAUAGAAACAAAGCACUCAUCCCCUUCCAAACAUCCUCUUUAACACAUCCUCUUCCACAAAUCCACUUCCACAAACCCACUUCCACAAAUCCACUUCCACACAUCCCCUUCCACACAUCCCCUUCCACACAUCCCCUUCCACACACCCCCUUCCACACAUCCCUUUCCACACAUCCCCUUCCACACAUCCUCUUCCACACAUCCAUUUCCACACAUCCUCUUCCAUAUAUUAUCUUCCACACAUCCCCUUCCACACAUCCUCUUCCACAAAUCCUCUUCCACACAUCCUCUUCCACAAAUCCUCUUCCACACAUCCUCUUCCACAAAUCCUCUUCCACACAUCCUCUUCCACACAUCCUCUUCCACAAUUUCUUUUCCAUAUAUUCUCUUCCACACAUGCUCUUCAACACAUGCUCUUCAACACAUUCUCUUCCACAAUUGCUCUACCAUACAUCCACUUCCACAAAUGCUCUUCCACAAAUCCUCUUCCACUAUUGUUGAACUAUUGUAUGAGCUAGACAGUCCGCUAUUGUUGCACUGUCUAAUCAACUAGACCAUGGUUGGGAAAACUAUGGCCCGCGGGCCGCAUGCGGCCCUGCAACUAAUAUUAUGCGGUCCUCGAAGGCAUUUAGAAAUUUUUAAAAUUACAUUGUUGUUAAGUUAUUUUGUUGAAUUUUACAGAUUUUCAUGUACCGUUAUGAUUGUUUCAACAUUUUUUGAUCAACUUUCUUUCUGAUUUCUUUCUAUUUUUUAAACAGACCUUGACUUUUGUCAUCUAAUGCUAAAAUACAAAUGUACCGAGUUUAAUAUAGCGAAAUGUUUAUCGACAUGUAAAAAUGGGACAUAAUAUCCAUGUGGCCCCCAACAGCUUUACAAAUAAAAUGUUGUAAACAUGUUUUACAAAUGUAAUCAUGGAGAUAUGAGUUCUCACAACUGAUUUACGUUACUGCUGUUUGUUGUUUGCGCCCAUCGAUCGUGGCCUUGACAAGCGGAAUGAAAUUAGCAAUAUCGCUGCGUGCAUGUCCUUGUGAUUUGCAAAGAACAUUGAGUUCAUGGGCGCCCACGUGUUUUAUGAUCAUAUGAUUGUAACAACUCUGACGUUUUAAGUGGGGCAUUCACUUUAUACAUUUAGCACAUAUCUGGAAAAACGUGUAUUUUUUUUAAAGAUUAUGUUUAAUUAUUUUGGGGGGAGGGUGGGUUGGGGGUACUUUUAAGUCUUGGAAGAUUGAUGGGAGAUGAGGCAGGGGUUUGGAACAAAGGACAGAAAUACAGACAUGUUUUAAAAAAAGUUCAGUGGUGACCAUUACUUUCUGUGGUAAAAAUUUUGUUGUCAUCGUUGAUUGUUAUCGGGAAAGAGUAACCAUGCGUAAUGAUUUUUGAAGUAUCUGCAGGGGUCACUCAGUGGUCAGUGUGGGUCCUUGGUGACCUAGUGAUCAUGAAGGCUUGUUUGGUCACCCAGGAUAGUUAAUUGCAGGUCAUGAAGUGGAUCAAAUUGAGGCGCAAGUUUCCGCCACAAACAAGCAAACAAACAAACAAAUAGAGUAUAUAAAAAUAAUCGAGUAAGCAAUGUGGCAUUAUUUUCAGGUUGCAUGGGAUUAUUAUUAUUCUAAACGAUAUGUAGAUUCACUACUCCCAAACGAUAUGUAGAUUCACUAUUCGCAAACUAUAUGUAGAUUCACUAUUACAAAACUAUGUGUAGAUUUACUAUUCCCAAACUAUAUGUACAUUCACUAUUCCAAAACAAUAUGUAGAUUCACUAUUCUCAAUCUAUAUUUAGAUUCACUAUUCCAAAACUAUAUGAAGACGCCAUAUAAUCAAACUAUAUAUAGACGCACUAUUCCAAUGCUAUAUGUAUGCGCAAUAUUUCCAAACUAUAUGUUACUAUUCCAAUUCAUGUAUGUGCACUAAUUUCAAACUAUAUGUUGCUAUUCCAAUACAUGUAUAUGCACUAAUUCCAAACUAUAUGUUACUAUUACAAUACAUGUAUAUGCACUAAUUCCAAACUCUAUGAAGGCGCAGUAUUUCCAAACGCUUGAUUCAGUUAGUGAGAAAUACAUUAUUCGUUUACCUUCAACUCUAGCAAUGUCACCAUUUCGAUGGCAAGAAUGGUCCACUGAGCGUUCAGUCUGAUCAAGUCUUGGCGCUGGCCUGAUGGUCUACUGAGCGUACAGUCUGAUCGAGUCCUGACGCUGGCCUAGAAUUUUCUCGAGUUACGGUAGCAGACACUGUCUGACAGAGUCGGAAAUCAGUGUCAAGUCUCGCGGCCGUGACUCAUGGGAACGAGAUGUGAUUUUCUCUAAUUAUUAUUGACAGUCGGGUCAACACGUGUGUCCUUAAUGAGAGCGGCUGCAACCUGAUUUUUAAAGGGGAGAGGUGCAUAAUUGUAAGGAUGAGUCCGAUUAUUACCUGUUCAUGUAAGGUGGGAUAAUUCUAAGGAUGAGACCGACUGCAACGUGUUUUUAAAGGCGGGAUAGUUGGAAAGAUGUGUUCUAUUACAACAUGUGUAUUAAAUAUAUACUAUUCAUUAAAGCCUAUUGAAUAUAGACUAUUUUUAUAUAGUAUUGAUUACUAGCUGAGACAACACAACCACGUUGUGCGUGUAACAUUCGGGAAGAAGUGCAUAAUCAAUUUAAAAAAUCGUGCACUUGAUCUCGUGCGCAACAAAACACACAAAAGAACAGUUUUCCACCUGCUGUGUGCCGACUUGUGGUUGCUCUACUACGCAUUGGUGGAUAUAUUGAUCGCCAUCUGGAAUCCCCCCUCUUGUCCAUCGGGUAUUAUUAAAUGUAAAUAGCAAGAUAAAGGAUAAAUUGCUAUUUUAACAAAUUAAAAAAUAAUAUGUAAUUUUGUGCUGCAAAAGCUUUAGUGGACGAAGCUUAGCUAUAAAACCUUUUUAAAAAGGGUUAAAACUGUAUUACAUUUCUUGAGCUGUGCAGACAACGUCCACCUCGGGAAUUAUUAUUAUUGAUAAAGUAAAGCCUAUAGCAUAUAGAUUAUUGCGUAAUCAGUAUACUGUAUAGAGCAUUGAGUUUAUACUGUAUAGAGUAAUGAGUAUACAAAUAUAAAGCAUUGAGCAUAUAGUAAAAAGUUUUGAGUAUACGGUAUUGAAUAUACAUUAUGGAGUAUUUAAUUUAUAGGAUAUAGUACAUAGUACAUGUGAUGUGAAGUACGUUGUCUAGAGGUCGGUCCCCUGCGUACUAGCCACAGAACAAUUUUCAAGGGUCUAGAACCCCUUCAUUUCUAGCUCCUACAGAGCUGACUCUUGUUCCAAGUAUCAAACAAACAAUGCAGAGACUCAGUUUUUUCUUAUUUAUUGGCUAUGGGUGUGAACUGGGUGCAUUCGUUUUACUCUCCGCUUCGUGAUGGUCCCAGCUUGACCUUUGCUCUCAGUUGCCGAAUCACCGGAAGAGUCUCAUAUUUCAAUCUAGGCAAGGGAGUGCCCCCCUCUCGCGUUCCUCAGUUCACAGCUUUAGUGUGCCUAACAAUGGAAAACUUCAUAAGAAAUAAGCUCUGGUGUUCAGAAUAAAACGUGUCCAGAAAAAACUCCACAUACUAUACAAAACAUAGUUACACAAGUCUUCUUCCAUCCGUAGAAAAACUCACUGCCUUCACGAGACAAAAAUCAUACAUCAUAUCCACAGCGCUCGCCACUGUUCACUCCUUAAAACAACUCAUCUCCCUUUUAUUUUCACACACUCUUCUCAUCACGUGGUUCCUCCCAACACAGCACACCGGUCAUACCUGACCGAGAAAAAUAAAAACUUGUGGGGCACACGGAAAAAAAACAUCAUAAAAGCUGACACAGAAAAACUCACACGAUCUGACCGUGACAGUACAGAGUAUACAUUAUGCAGUAUUGAAUAAACAAUAUAGAGUAUUAAGUAUGCAGUAUUGAGUAUAGACUAAAGGAGACUUUAAUCAUGUUUUCUGUCUUCUAAUAAAGCUAUGGUUUAUUGUACCGCUAUAUAAUCUCGUAUAUAUAGUUUGCUUCUGGUGCGUCCUGCUUUCUCUUUAAAACCACCCCUUCCCUUUUCCAAACUUGACAUGUUUUAUAUUAACAGUACUGGGUAAAUAAAAGGAUGUGACGCAGCGAGCUGUAUGCGUCAUGUCUGAACUCCGGUGAAUAAGUUGAUUUAAAUGUCUCUGUUUUUUCACAUCUUUGUUCUGGGGCUGCACAUCACACAGAACUUGGUCAUUGGCCGUACUUUCACUUCCGGCAUGUGUGCGCCUGUGAGUCUUUUCCGCAUGCUGGUACAGGAAGGUAUUGCUAUUUUCGCUAUACUGCGACUGUUGUUUCGUAAAUCUUUGUUAUAAAAUGAACUACAGUAUCUUCUAUGUCGACGGGUUUUUGUACAAUGUCAUCUCUGUUCUGUCAUCCAGCAACUGGCAGUUCCUAUCAGUUCGUUAUUUCUUGACAAAAACGGUUUUUUUGAAGGCAGUGCGCUCUCACUGUGGGAAGUGGGUUUCGUUGCAUUUUAUAGAAAAUGCGAAGUUAACUCAAAAUACACGGAAUCGGUGUAAAAAAUCAAUCAGGUUAAGCCCUUGUCUUAUAUAUUUAUUUAUUUUUAAUAUUACACAUAUAAUGUAUUUUGUCAUAGAAGAGUAAAAAUAAAUUAACAACGAAAAACAAGUGAGGGCAGCUUCAGAACAAGAUCAGCUUCAGAACAAGAUCAGCUUUAGAACAAGAUCAGCUUCAGAACGCUUCAGAACAAGAUCAGCUUUAGAACAAGAUCAGCUUUAGAACAAGAUCAGCUUUAGAACAUGAUCAGCUUCAGAACAAGAUCAGUAGAUCCUGGCUGAAAUCAAUAAUCCAAGACACUGCUCAAAAAUAGUUCCUUUUAUGUCAAUUUGUUAAAAUGUAUAUUUUUUUAGUGAUCGGUGUUGCUUCAGUUAUGUCCCUUGCGAGUCUGGUAUUCUGGAAAUGGAGGAAAGCAAAAAGGAGAACGUUUGUGCCUCAUAGAUAAAACAUUGAUUUUUUUUUUUUAAACUUCUGUUGUGUUAGACCUUGAUCUAUUCCAUGAGGAUGUUCUUUUGGUUGGUAUGAUAUUAGGUAUGACGAUAGCUAUUAUCUUUGAUAUGAGCUUGAAAAAUGGGAUGCUUUUAAUGGUUAAUUCAUAUGACAUUUAAACUUUGAACUUUGAGGCAGUUUUAAGAGACAUUGAAUUUAAAAAAAACAGUAUUUUGCAUUAAAUUGUUUUCGACCAAUAUCCAAUCCACCAGGCUUUCACUUCCCAUAAGGCAUCAACUGCCCAGACUAUCCAUCAGGCACCGACUGCCAAGCCAGUCUAUCAGGAACUCAUUUCCACCCCAUCCAUCAGGCGCCCAAUACCCUAUCCAUUAGGAAUUUAUUGUCCACUCCAUCCAUCAGGCGCCCAAUACCCUAUCCAUUAGGAAUUUAUUGUCCACUCCAUCCAUCAGGCACCCAAUACCCUAUCAAUUAGGAACUAAUGGUCCACCCCAUCCACCAGGCACCCAAUGCCCUAUCAAUUAGGAACUAAUGGUCCACUCCAUCCAUCAGGCACCCAAUGCCCUAUCAAUUAGGAACUAAUGGUCCACUCCAUCCACCAGGCACCCAAUGCCCUAUCAAUUAGGAACUAAUGGUCCACUCCAUCCAUCAGGCACCCAAUGCCCUAUCAAUUAGGAACUAAUGGUCCACUCCAUCCACCAGGCACCCAAUGCCCUAUCAAUUAGGAACUAAUGGUCCACUCCAUCCAUCAGGCACCCAAUGCCCUAUCAAUUAGGAACUAAUGGUCCACUCCAUCCACCAGGCACCCAAUGCCCUAUCAAUUAGGAACUUAUCGUCCACUCCAUCCAUCAGGCGCCCAAUAAACUAUACUUCAGGAACUUAUUGUCCACUCCAUCCAUCAGGCGCCUAAUGACCUAUCUUUUAGGAACUUAUUGUCCACUCCAUCCAUCAUGCACCCAAUGACCUAUCCUUUAAGAACUUAUUGUCCACUCCAUCCAUCAGGCACCCAAUGCCCAAUCCAUCAGAUACCCAACGCGCCAUCCAUCAGGCACCCAGUGCUUAUCCGUCAGCCACCCAAUGUCCUAUCCAUCAGACACCCAGUGUCCCAUCCAUCAGGCACCCAAUGCCCUAUCCAUCAGGCAUGCAAUGCCCUAUCCAUCAGACACACAAUGCCUUAUCCGUCAGGCACCCAAUGCCCCAUCCAUCAGGCACCCAAUGCCCUCGUAGGUGUGUGCUUAUAACCGAGGAGGACGUAUUUAAAUUUCAGCCAUGAUUUCACGUGCAAUCAAUCACGCUCGUGGCCUCCUGAAAAUUCCAUCUGCAAUAAACACACUUCAUAUUUUUGCAAGGAUCGAUUUCACCUCUCUAGAACCGACAGCGAAUGUUGGAUCAAAUAGAAUAACAAGUGAGUUGUAGGUUAUGUUAUGGUGAGUUGAAGGUUAUGUUUGGGUGAAUUUGAGGUUAUGUUAUGGUGAGUUGGAGGUUAUGUUAUGGUGAGUUGAAGGUUAUGUUUGGGUGAGUUGGAGGUUAUGUUAUGGUGAGUUGGAGGUUAUGUUAUGGUGAGUUGAAGUUAUGUUUGGGUGAAUUUGAGGUUAUGUUAUGGUGAGUUGGUGUUUAUGUUACGUUGAGUUAGAGGUUAUGUUAUGGUGAGUUGGUGUUUAUGUUACGUUGAGUUAGAGGAUAUGUUAUGGUGAGUUGGAGGUUUUGGUUUUGUGAGUUGUAGGUUAUGUUUAGACGCACACCAUUAACAUACAAAAAACUGAGGUCAUAUACCAACCAGCUUCUCGAAGCCCUUAUGUUGAGCCCAACAUCCAAAUAUAUUGCGAAAGACUUAGGUUGUAAAAGGCUCUUCUUAUCUCGGCAGUACACUGUGCAAAAGCACAACCAUCGAUGACGAGGUUAACCUCCAUACUGCAAGAACCAGUGCAACCUAUGGAAGAUUGACUAAGAACGUAUGGACCAGGAGAGGUAUCGGCACUCAAACAAAACUGAAGGUAUAUCAGGCGGCUGUUCUUCCUACCUAUCUCUAUGCCUGUGAAACGUGGACGGUCCACCAACGCCAUGCAAGAAUACUGAACCACUUUCAUACAACAAGACUCAUAAAAAAUCCUCAACAUUAAAUGGCAGAACAGGGUCCCAGACGCUGAGGUGCUCACACGGGAAGGUCUCCCCAGCAUCUUCACAAUCUUAAUGAAAUCCCAGCUUCGCUGGACGGGACAUUUUGUGAGAAUGUCAGAUGACCGUCUUCUCAAAAGAAUUUUCUAUGGUGAGCUUGAACAAGGAAAGCGGUCUGCUGGCGGACAGAAAAAAGCGCUUUAAAGACAACAUAAAAGCCUCACUGAAAGCGUUCAACAUAAACCCAGACACGUGGGAGGAACAAGCAAAGGAUCGAACUUCAUGGCGCUCUACUUUGCACCGGAGCUCCAUGCAACAUGAAGUUGGAAAAACAGCGGCUGCAGAGCGCAAGAGAUAUGCAAGGAAGGCCCGGUCUGACUCUGCUCCCAGAGAUGCUCCAUCAUUCCCCUCCACCUACUGCAAAAGAGAAUUUCGUGCCAGAAUCGGCCUCGUUAGCUAUCUGCGCAUCCACAGACAGAACAAGCACAAACUCUGAUGAUUAAGGGGUCGACUUCUGACUGAUGAACACCCAACCAUGUUUUAAUGAGUUGGAGGUUAUGUUUGUCAGCUGCGAGAAAAUCAUUUAAUGAUAACGUAGGUGUCCUCACCCGGAAUAAAACCAUUAAAUGAAAAAGUAGUUGCCUCAUUUGUAAGAAAACCAUUCAAUGAUAAAGUAGGUGUCCUCAGCUGCAAGAAAACCAUUUAAUGAUAAAGUAGAUAUCCUCAGCUGCAAGAAAACUAUUCAAUGAUAAAGUAGAUAUCCUCAGCUGAAAGAAAACUAUUCAAUGAUAAAGUAGAUGUCCUCGGCUGCAAGAAAACUAUUCAAUGAUAAAGUAGAUGUCCUCGGCUGCAAGAAAACUAUUCAAUGAUAAAGUAAAUAUCCUCAGCUGAAAGAAAACUAUUCAAUGAUCAAGUAGAUAUCCUCAGCUGCAAGAAAACCAUUCAAUGAUAAAGAAGAAAUAAAUGGUUUAACGAAAGAUCUUCUAGGCGCUAGAUAUGUGGCGCUCAUUCUCUUAUUCUGAGGGUCUCCUAGACACUAGAGAUGGGGCGCUCAUUCUCUUAUUCUGAGGGUCUCCUAGACACUAGAGAUGGGGCGCUCAUUCUCUUAUUCUGAGGGUCUCCUGGACACUAGAGAUGGGGCGCUCAUUCUCUUAUUCUGAGGGUCUCCUAGACACUAGAGAUGGGGCGCUCAUUCUCUUAUUCUGAGGGUCUCCUGGACACUAGAGAUGGGGCGCUCAUUCUCUUAUUCUGAGGGUCUCCUAGACACUAGAGAUGGGGCGCUCAUUCUCUUAUUCUGAGGGUCUCCUAGACACUAGAGAUGGGGCGCUCAUUCUCUUAUUCUGAGGGUCUCCUGGACACUAGAGAUGGGGCGCUCAUUCUCUUAUUCUGAGGGUCUCCUAGACACUAGAGAUGGGGCGCUCAUUCUCUUAUUCUGAGGGUCUCCUAGACACUAGAGAUGGGGCGCUCAUUCUCUUAUUCUGAGGGUCUCCAUCUGAGGUACUCAAUACAAAUGAAACUCAGGACGUCAUUACAAACCCGAACAAGAAUAUUUUUGGUUGCCAUUAAACUCUUCUUUGUUGUGGACAGCUUUUUUUUUAAAAUUCCUCAAGACAUGUCCAAAACUAUGCAUGCAUUUAAUCAUUCCGUUCACAAGAGAGAUGAGUUCUAGAAUGAAGAGAGCAUUAUAUUAUUUAUAACCAGAACCUGAAGUCUUACUGCCCCGAACGGAAUAUUGUAUGUGUUACUCCGCCGAAUUAUUUCACAGAUCGAUGCUCAUCCGUCAGUUUUUGGCAUAUAAGAGAGCCACUGGUAUGUUAGAGGGCCUCUGGUAUGUAAGAGAGCCACUGGUAUGUAAGAGAGAUAAUAUUAUCUAAGAGAGAUUUGGUAUGUAAGAGAGAUACUGGUGUGUAAGAGAGACUGGUAUGUAAGAGAACCACUGGUAUGUAAGAGAGACACUGGUAAAUAAGGGAGACUCUUGGUAUGUAAGAGGGACAAUGGUAUGUAAUAGAGACUCUGGUAUGUAAGAGAGAUAACGGUAUGUAAUAGAGACUCUGGUAUGUAAGAGAGAUAAUGGUAUGUAAGAGAGACACUGGUAAGUAAGAGAGAAAAUGGAAUGUAGAAGAGCCACUGGUGUGUAAGAGAGACUCUGGUGUGUAAGAGAGACACUGGUGUGUAAGAGAGACUAUGGUGUGUAAGAGAGACUCUGGUGUGUAAGAGAGGCACUGGUGUGUAAGAGAGACUGGUGUGUAAGAGAGACACUGGUGUGUAAGUGAGACACUGGUUUGUAAAAAAUGCCGCAACUUCGUGUUUACCGACCCACUGGUUUGUAAAGUGUAGUGAGACACUGGUAUGUAAGAGAGACACUGGUGUGUAAGUGAGACACAGGUGUGUAAAGUGUAAGUGAGACACUGGUAUGUAAGAGAGACACAUAUAUGUAAGAGAGCCACUGGUAUGUAAGAGAGACUCUGCUAUGUAAGAGAGCCACUGGUGUGUAAAGGAGCCACUUGUGUGUAAGAGAGCCACUGGUGUGUAAGAGAGCCACUGGUGUGUAAGAGAGCCACUUGUGUGUAUGUGAGACAAAGAACUACCUACCAGUUUAUUGUAAUGUAGCAAUGCAAUGUAGCAUGUCAACUGUUGUAAUGUAGCACUGCAAUGUAGCACAUGUUUACUGUUGUAAUGUAGAACUGCAAUGUAGCACAUUUAAUGUAUGUCUUUGAGCUUGUGUGUGUGUUGGGGGUGGGGUUGUUGAAGGAUCCUGAAAUUUGACGAAAAUUUUAACGUGUGAACUGGAGAAAAAAAAUUCUACCAAAUUUCCGUUCGAUCAAUUUUCUGUCAAGGAAAUUUCUUCCAAAACGAAUUUUCGUUAACCGUUUGGAGACCACUGGUCACCACUGCAUCAUAGACUUUAAGAGUUCGAAAAUGCCCAAUGGCCGUUUACUUUCCACUACAAAAUGUAGCAUUUUUAUAGCUACUGCUUAUUAAAUAACAAAUUUCUUUUAUUUUUAAAUUUUAAUCAAUGUCAUUUUUUUUCUUUAACAUAAAAUAAUGCGCGUAAAUCGGCCUUGAUUCAGGUUGAAAUUUCUCAUACACUAGAAAAGGAGAGGGUUUGGGGAGAGUGAGAGAGAGAGAAUGGGCAAGAAACAAAUUCAAGAAAACAGGUAUCUCUAGAUAAUCCCCCCUUGCUUUCAAAGGGACCUCAUUCACUUGUCUACCGGUUAGGGUCUUAACGGGCAGACAGGGAAUAAAACCAGUGCAGGUCAAGUCUAACUGAAGGAGACAAAAUAUUGAUUACGCUGGACCUUCCGACCAAACCCACAUUAGACAUCUAAGAACGGGGCAGGUUGACCAAGGCACUGACCUGCCAGCGGUCUUAGUUUUCACCUGUUUCUAUUCUAUACUUUCUUCUAGCCGAAUUCCAACACAGUCAACAUCUGAUCCAUAGGUCUCACUAGGAUAGCAGCAUAUUAAGGAUCACAUUGAGCAGAGUUUCAAUCAUUUACUAUGUUACUUUGAUCUUGAUCUAUAUUCAAACAAUGUUAAUUAGUGUUUAAAUUGAAAAUGUUUGAUAGUCUGCAAUGUAUUUUCGUGUUUUGUAAAUGACACGUUCAUGGCUGAAAUAUCAAAGUGUCAUUCACUUUUAAAAUAGCUUUUUUUUUUUUUUUUUUUUUUAACGGAAAGUUUUAAUUAAUGAGAUAUCGUGACUAUUGUUUUUUGCCUCCUGGGUAACAAGAAUCAUCCCAGAGAUCUGACAUUUUUCGUGUUUUGUAAAUGACACGUUCAUGGCUGAAAUAUCAAAGUGUCAUUCACUUUUAAAAUAGCUUUUUUUUUUUUUUUUUUUUUUAACGGAAAGUUUUAAUUAAUGAGAUAUCGUGACUAGUGUUUUUUGCCUCCUGGGUAACAAGAAUCAUCGCAGAGAUCUGACAUUCUGGCUAAUGUAUUCUAUAUGGCCAGUUUACCCAGAGACAUCGCAGAGAUCUGACAGUCUGGCUAAUGUAUUCUAUAUGGCCAGUUUAACCAAAAGAUAUAGUUAUAUGUCGUGUCAACAGACAAGCUAUCGGGUAUAACAUAGACUUUUGGUGUGAUUGCAUCAGACAUACUAGGAGUAACAUAGAAAUAUCUUGCGAUUGCAUCACACAAACUAGGUUAAUUCAUAUAAAUGUCGUAUGAUUGCAUCACGUAAGCUAGUGUAUAACAUUAUGACGCCUUAUGUAACCACUAGACAACUCCGUUCAUCCGAUAGUGGCAAACUAUCGAUUCCACGUGUUCGCCUUGAGACUUACGGUAUGCGCAUGUUCGCAUUUGCUUGCCCAACAAUUCGGAACACCCUUCCUGUCGCUCUCAGAAACAGUCAGACACUGGAGUCUUUCAAAACCAAUUUGAAAACAUAUCAAUUUCGCAAACACCUGUUGGGCUGAUGUUGUCUACCAUCUUUUCCAGCUAGCUAUUAUCUCCUGGAUGUAUAGUGACCUGUGUUAUUUAUGGUUGCAAGGGAUGAAAGACUUAGAAUUGGUAUUCUCGUAUGUAGUUUUUGUAAUAUUGCGUUUUGUAUUUCAAUGUGGUAAAAUAUAGAUUCUUUCAUUUCUCUUUUCAUAUGGAUGACUUUGAACGCGCUUCAAGCCUUUGGGGAUAAAGAGUGAUUUUCAAAUAAACUUUAUUAUUAUUAUUAUUAUUAUUAACAUAGACAACAGAUAUGUCGUGUAAUUGUAUCACACAAACUAGGGUAUAACACAGAAAUGUCUUGUGACUGCACAAGACAAAUUAUGGUAUAACGACGGCAUGUCAUGUAAUUCCAUAUUUUAUCGCUUGCCAAAGAAAAUGAUUUUUUUUUAAAAAUUAUUAUUAAAGUAGAAAAAUAAGUUGUGUUGUCUAUUUGAAGGUUUAUAAGAGGUCAGAUGUACAGGAAUGAACUAUCAAUUGGGAAGUUCUUGAAGAGGUCAGAUGUACAGGCAUGAACUAUUAAUUGGGCCGUUCUUGGCACUGCCCAUGUCUUUAUCGCGUAAACGUGCGCUUCUUCUUUGUCAUUAGUUUUGGUUCAGUCUGUCCAUGCUGUCUAUGGAGCAGGCCCUGGCUUGUCAGGGACAUCUCUGUGACACAAACGCUUGUCUAUGGAGCAGGCCCUGGCUUGUCAGGGACAUCUCUGUGACACAAACGCUCGUCUAUGGAGCAGGCCGUGGCUUGUCAGGGACAUCUCUGUGACACAAACGCUCGUCUGCAUCGCUGUUGCGUGAUUAAAUCUUGUUUUACUGGCGAGGCUGAGAGCGGGGAGGAUGUCUUACCUUUAAAACUGUCCGCUCUACGAUUCCCUUGACCCGACCCCAGGGGCUUUACUUGGGGUUCCCAUUGCGUCCGGGUUUUCCCCCAGACAUGUCCUCUUUUUUCGGCCCCUGUCCGGGCGGCUUUCCAGAAACAUGGCCUUUGUCCUGGUAUUUCCCUCUUCCGUCCCGAUCAAUACCUCCUUACUUACUCGUUCCUGGUUACAUGCCAUUCUGUCAUUUGAAGUCUGUGAACUAAACGCCGCCUGCCAUCAAUGUGUAGUUCAAUGGUAAGUGUUACCAAGGUAACCACCGAAGCUCCAGGUUCCGGAAGCCAUUUUUUUGUAAACAUAACGGUUACGCGAGUUCAUGAUAAUUGAUAAAUAUUUUUUUUCAAAUAAUAUUAUAAAAAAUACUUGACUUUAAAAAAAUGCCGCAACUUCGUGUUUACCGACCCACUGAUAACCGCAACACCCAGGAGUUCGUCCAGGUGUUCGUCCAGGUAUUCGUACAGGUCAAUAUGACUGGGAAGCUGAACGUUUGACCUGUGGCAUCGGAACUUGUAUUGCUCCGUUGCCAAUAAGGAUGAACUGCAUUUUAAAAAACGAAGUGGAUAUUCGCACCCGGGGACAAGAAGUGAGAGGUUGGGAUUAAACUAUUUAAAUUAUUAUUGUUGGGUUUGUAAGACCAAAUGAGGUAUCAAAUGAAAGAUAAUUGAAUGGACUAUAUGUUUGUAAACUUAAUCUUCAGUUUAACUAAAAUAAACUACCACAAAUGACAUCCGAAUGGCAUUGGUCUAAUUUGAUUCGGGUGCAAAUAGCGGUUAUGCGUGUCCUGGUCCAUUUUGACUCAAUUUUGACAUUCGAAUGUAAACAACCUUUUCCUAACCAAGGGAUGCAUUUGGUUUGGGAUGGCACGACGCAUUUACUUGGUGGCGUCUCAUCAACCCAUCUCAUAGACUUAACUCAUCCCAUGCAACCACCUAACUCAUAUAAGUAUGUCAUCCCAAUCACCCACCCGCGUCAUAGAAUUACCUCAUCCAAUUCAACCACCCAUCUCAUAGUAUUAUUACCUCAUCCAAUUCAACCACCCAUCUCAUAGAAUUACCUCAGCCCAAUCAACCACCCAUCUCAUAGAAUUACCACAUCCCAUUCAACCACCCAUCUCAUAGAAUUACCACAUCCCAAUCAACCACCCAUCUCAUAGAAUUACCACAUCCCAUUCAACCACCCAUCUCAUAGAAUUACCACAUCCCAUUCAACCACCCAUCUCAUAGAAUUACCACAUCCCAAUCAACCACCCAUCUCAUAGAAUUACCACAUCCCAUUCAACCACCCAUCUCAUAGAAUUACCACAUCCCAAUCAACCACCCAUCUCAUAGAAUUACCACAUCCCAUUCAACCACCCAUCUCAUAGAAUUACCACAUCCCAUUCAACCACCCAUCUCAUAGAAUUACCACAUCCAAUUCAACCACCCAUCUCAUAGAAUUACCACAUCCCAUUCAACCACCCAUCUCAUAGAAUUACCACAUCCCAUUCAACCACCCAUCUCAUAGAAUUACCUCAUCUCAUUACCUUACCAAGCUAAUAAUAAUUAUACUUCAUUUGUCUUCAUCCCAACAUUUCCAAAUAUUACCUCAUUCGCUUCCAACUACAUAUCUAAUAAUUUUACCCCAUCCUCUUCCACCUACAUAUCUAAUAAUUCUUAAGGCCUCAGAUCUCCCACUCUUGUCAUCCACCUCUGGUCGUCUCCAGUUUUCUGCCUCUGUCCCUGGGGCAUUGUCCCAGGACGGUGCCGGUCUCGAAAUGCUUUAGCUCCUCUAACCUUAGUCAAUUAAUUUUUUGGGGGAAAUCAAGCUUUCAGCCAAAUUUUGGGCCCAAAGUUCAAACGCUCUAAACAUAGACUUUAUUUGCUCCCCUUGUCACCGUUGGGGUAGUGUCCCCUAGCACGUUGGGGUAGUGUCCCCUAGCACGUUGGGAUAGUGUCCCCUAGCACGUUGGGGUAGUGUCCCCUAGCACGUUGGGGUAGUGUCCCCUAGCACGUUGGGGUAGUGUCCCCUAGCACGGCUUAUCUUGCAGACGGCAAUCUUUUAGAAUAUAAUAGCGUGCGUCUAGGGUAACGUUCCAAUGUCGAGAUGUGACGGGAUACCCUUAUGCCUAUAAGCGACAUUAGGGUAACGUUCCAAUGUCGAGAUGUGACGGGAUACCCUUAUGCCUAUAAGCGACAUUAGGGUAACGUUCCAAUGUCGAGAUGUGACGGGAUACCCUUAUGCCUAUAAGCGACAUUAGGGUAACGUUCCAAUGUCGAGAUGUGACGGGAUACCCUUAUGCCUAUAAGCGACAUUAGGGUAACGUUCCAAUGUCGAGAUGUGACGGGGUACCCUUAUGCCUAUAAGCGACAUUAGGGUAACGUUCCAAUGUCGAGAUGUGACGGGAUACCCUUAUGCCUAUAAGCGACAUGGGCUCAUCCCAAGUCGAGAGACGUGUACUCAUACUAAAAUUGUGACAUGUACAGUUAAAAAUACAAUAGUCACAUUAUGGAAUGACAACAGAGUCCCAGGUGUGAUGUUAAUAUGGGCCCCUUUUGAAUAACACAUCAAUACAUUGGUUUACCAUAUGCCUUUUUUGGAUAACACUUCAAUACAUUCGUUUGUUUUCUAUGUGCUCCUUUCGAAUAACACUUCAAUUCAUUGGUUUUCUAUGUGCUCCUUUCGAAUAACACUUCAAUACAUUGGUUUUCUAUGUGCUCCUUUCGAAUAACACUUCAAUACAUUGGUUUUCUAUGUGCCCCUUUUAAAAAGUCCUAAUAGCCCAGCUCCUCUACCAAACUUGCUACUUUACUUCACCCUGACACCCUCAUCUCGGCCGAAACUGAAACUAGGCCGAAAUUGAUGAAAUGGUAACUUUCCGCGCCGAAACCGAAGCAAAAGUCGGUCGAUCACUAGUCUAAAACUCGCUGCCCGCAAGACGAUAUUAUUAUUUUGCUUGUAUAGGUUUGGACGUUGAUUAUAAUUUUAAAAACCAUUUUAAAGUCUGACUAAAAGCAUUUAUUUGAUAGCAUUUUAUGAGACAAACAUGGCCCAAGUACGGUUUGAGAAAUAGCUUCGAAUAUUGUAUAUAAAUUAGAACCCGGUUAUGUCGACCGCCUCGGGGUUUGCCAAAGAGCGUCGAGAUAACCGAUGAUCGAGAUGAACGAAAAAAAAUGGCGGCAAUAUAUUAACAUGUGUUUGAAAUAUCUUUAUGUGCAUGAUGUGCGUUAAUAAAUGCAGGUACUUCAGUAAAAGUUUUACCCCCCAAAAAAAUAUAUAUUACAGUUUCAAAUUUUAAAAAAGAAUUAAACCAAAAUCAACUUUUUGAGCUACGAAUGUUGAAAGUGUGAGUUCGUUUGAUGUCGUCUACUAUGGACGAAGCCUCCACAUUUUGUGACCUCAUUCUGCUGAUCUUGUCAUGCGCAAUGACUAUAUAGUUCAGAUAAGGCAAAGCAUCCCCCUAUUACUAAAAUACUAUUUAGGGGCUACUUAUUUUGAACUUUCAACUUUGGCACAUGACUAUUUAAUUAAAGCCUUCCCUGAACAAUGGUUUAAUAGCUUUUGCACACGGCACACUCUUAUGACUGAAACUCUGACGUAGUACCGCGGCAUAGCCAUUAUGCAAGUGACCGUGAACGGCUACCCAUUACAACGUUUUGCACACGGCAAAUUAUGAUCAUUUAUAAAAUGGACUCUACCGGGUUUUAAACCUUGAAUUAAAACAUAUUUAUUUAAAUGACUUCUCGGUUUAUUCUAAAACACAAGUCCUGUAUUUUGAGAAAUAAAUAUAUAUUUUUUUUAAUUACGAAGAACUUGUUUAUUUGUUGUUUGCUAUUUCUUCUUGCGGAGUUCAAAAGCCGGCGAUUGGUCAUGGAGAUCAGAUAACCGAGAUUAAGUGGCAAAUUUGGCCGCCUUUUGUGCUCGAGAUAUCAGGGUUCGGCGACAUAAAAGAAUUGGCAUAACCGAGGAGAAAAUGCUCAUAUAAAGAGAGAAUUGGCGGUUCCACUUCAAAAACGUUGACAUAAAAGUGUUGGCGAGUUAACCGAGGUCGAGAUAAGCGGGUUCGCCUAAGAUAUGACAAAAGUUUAAAAGGUCAGUUAGUGGGUAAUGCACAACCAUAAUUGUGUAAAUCGUGGCAAGCUGACACAUUAUGAAAGAAUCCCUAUUAAAAUUGCCGCUAGUGUGCACGACUGGUGUUUAAGGGAAAUUCCGAGCUUGUCAGCUUGGUCACUUUUAAAAUAGGGUUAGUCAAAAAGGCCCUUUCUACAAUCAGAAUACAAUCUCACUACAUUUGCAUCUUCCAUCGCAUCAAUAAUUCAUAAAUAUGGCCUGCUCCUGAUUUCUGUUUGAACAGGUUUUAGUUUUAAAAUGGCUAUUUGUAAUCGCCAUAUUUGUAUUCUUAUUUUAUGCUUUUUCGUCUUUGUUAACCAGAAGUUCAUUAUUCUCAUAGCAUUUAUUAGCUGAAUAUUUCUACUUUAGAUCAUUGGGAAUUUUAUUUUCUUACUAAGGAUAAUAUACUGCCGUUAACAGUGAUCCUCAAGAUAUGAAGGCCGGGUCUAUUUUUGGAGUUUAUGGGUGACGUGGUGCUCAACAUUCGAGUUUUAAUUUCUUGCCCUAAUUUUGUAAUCACCCUUUUCAAUGGACUACUCGAUGCGGCCCAGUCUUACUCAGACUCUACCGCCUGCGGCCCCCGGAUUAUUUGAGUUUGAGACCCCUGACCUAGAGCAUAAUUCGUUAUAUCGCCCCCGAUCACUACAAGACUUUCAAGGUGCCAUGUUUUAUGUAUACACUAAGUGAAAAUGUUGUUCCUGUUGGUACGCACGAGCUUGCGCGUGAUCUUUAUGACUUUCCUAAACUUGCAUCCAAAGAAUUCUGAUAAUAAUCAGGUCACGUGUACUCUAGGAUAUAUCUGGCACACACGCCGUGCGGCUGUCUCGAGCAGCUGUCCAAUACUGAGCUAGCAAAACAUUAUGUAAAAGUGAAGAUGACUUCAACAAAGUAAAAACACAGUUAACUCUUUGGAUACAAGCUUUAAUCGGUUAUCAUAACAAGAUGGCUGACCCUGUAACAAGAUGGCUAACCAAAUAACAAGACGGCUGACUCUGUAACAAGAUGGGUGUCCCUAUAACAAGACGGCUGACCCUGUAACAAAAUGGCUGACCCAACAACAAGAUGGCUGACCCAAUAAUAAGAUGGCUGGCCCAAUUAUAAGAUGGCUGACCCUGUAACAAGAUGGUUAACCAACUAACAAGACGGCUGACUAUAUAACAAGAUGGCUGACCUUGUAAUAAGAUUGCUGACCCUGUAACAAGAUGACUGACCAAAUAACAGGACGGCUGAAUCAGUAACAAGAUCACUGACCCUGCAAAUCCACUGUGACAGUCACUCAACGAAACCACACACUAGUGACUGACCAACCCUGGACGAAGACUACAUCAUCUAAUGCACACUGACGGUCAAUACCAAAACGUUGAGAACUUUCAGCCAAAUAACCGAACUUCUCGUGGUCACACAUCAUAAAUCCUACAUCUCAUGUUUAUUGUUAUUGUUCUCUUCCAACCAAUGACAUUCAGGGAUUAAAAUACAACGAAAACUCACAACUCACGACCGAUAACAAAGUUGUCCAAAACACAGUGAUUCUCAUACCUUGGCAGGUACACCUUCGAGGUGUGUUCCCAUCGAGGUGUGUCCUUUCUAGUUGUGACCCCAUCGAGGUGUGGACCCCAUCCAGAUAUGUCACUUCCAGGUGUGUCCCAUCGAAUGUGUCCUACUGUGAGGUGUACCCAAGUAGAAAACCACACGACACAGUUUGUAAUUUGCCAGGGUGUGUGUGGUGGUGGGGGUAGCACAAGGGAUUGUAUCCCAUUAUUUGCUUAAAAUAGCCAGCCCCGCUGGAUUCCCUAAGGAAAUUCAAUGAAUAGUUUGUAGGGACAUACAUACACGCCAUUUACCUUCUGAUGAUAAGCUAGGCUAGUAUUAUAUUCCAAAACUCAUCUUUCCGGCACAGGGCAUUUAGUUCAGUUCAAUUUGUUUUUGUUGACCUAACCCGUCUUCUGUCAAACUUGAACUUCCUCAAAUUUACAAUUUUAUUUUAUUUUUUGGGUGCUGGGUAGCCGAGUCUUCGUCAGCUUCGUCAGUCCUAAGAUGGUGAACUGGACUUCAAACCCCAGCAAAGGCCUAGACAAGCAAGACACACCACAAGCACCCCAUGCUGACUUGCUAAUGUUAGAUAGACGGCAACUCAUCUGAAAGAAGGAAACUCUUAAUUCAAACCCGGAGAUGGAGUCCCGUUAGCGGUAUGGCAUUAACACAAUGAAAAAUUUCGGCAACAACUGAGGCGUUACUGGUGUCAAUCUGUAUUACCCCCCCCCCCCAAUAAUGUUCCCUUGGGUUAUCAAGCUGCAUCGAGAGAGGUGAUAUGCUGUCUCGGGGACGAGUGGAGUCCCGUUAGCGGUAUGGCAUUAACACAAUGAAAAAUUUCGGCAACAACUGAGGCGUUACUGGUGUCAAUCUGUAUUACCCCCCCCCCCAAUAAUGUUCCCUUGGGUUAUCAAGCUGCAUCGAGAGAGGUGAUAUGCUGUCUCGGGGACGAGUUUAUCAUCCUAAAGAAAAAUCACAGUCCUUGCGAUUUCGUCCGAAGUCGACAUCAUCCAUCAUCGUCAUAUUGUGACGUCUACACCAUCGUCACAUUGUGACGUCGACACCAUCGUCACAUUGUGACGUCUGCACAUCGUCACCUUGUGACGUCAACGCCAUCGUCACAUCGUGACGGUUGGAUGCCACAUUUUAUCCGAAGUUAAAUGAGUUGUUGUUUUUGUUUUUUAAAUGUCAUGAUACCAAUUGUGUCUCCCCGUAUCAAACGAUGGAUGUUAAGUGUAACUGGUGGGACUGAUGUUUGUGAGACAACCAGCCGUAUGGUCACGUGUCACUUUAUAGAACUGGGAAUUGUUUCGUACGUUUCGAGUGUUCAAUUUUGUAUUUUUUAAGACUUUCCCGGAGAUGAUGAGCUGGUAACUCAAGACUCUGACUUGUGGUUAUGACUGCUCAUAGACACAAUCAUUUAUUGGUAUCCUUUCCAAUUUAGAGACUCAUUUUCUUCUCUUGUUUAAAUAAAUAGUUCUGCUCUUGUUUACAGACUCGCUUUCUUCCCCUGUUUUAGAGUCAAAUUUUCUGCUCCUGUUUAAGACACAUUGUCUUCUGUUGUUGAAAGACACAGUUUCUUCUUCUCCUGUCUAGAGACGCAUUUUCUUGUCCUGAUUAGAAACCCAAUUUCUGUACAUGAAGGCAAAUAGCUAAUUCCUUUGAUCAGUGGGGCUCAAACCAAUGUUGGUCUUAUAGACACCUUGUAAAUUAUGCGACUUUGUGGCUGACCCCCCCCCCCCCCAGUAAAAACUAAGCUGCAGGUCUUUGGCAUAUCAUCCUGUGUCUUGUUUGUCUGUAUCUUAUCUACCUACGACUUACCUUCAUGUCUUAUCCACAUCUUGUCUAUACUUACGUUCUCUUUCUAUAUUGUCACUUUUUGUCUUUUACGUAUGUGUCUUGUCUGCAUCGUGUAUGCUUGUGUAUUUCUGUCUCUGUCUGGGCUAUAUGUGUCUUGCCUGUAUGGGUCUGUGUCUUGUCAAAACUUUGUCUAUCUGUGUCUUUCCAGCUCCUUGUCUGUCUGUGUCUUGCCAGCUCCUUGUCUGUCUGUGUCUUGCCAGCACCUUGUCUGUCUGUGUCUCGCCAGCACCUUGUCUGUGUCUCGCUAGCACCUUGUCUGUCUGUGUCUCGCCAGCACCUUGUCUGUCUGUGUCUUGCCAGCACCUUGUCUGUCUGUGUCUUGCCAGCACCUUGUAUGUUUUUGUCUUGCCAGCACCUUGUCUGUAUGUGUCUUGCCAGCACCUUGUCUGUUUGUGUCUUGCCAGCACCUUGUCUGUCUGUGUCUUGCCAGCUCCUUGUCUGUCUGUGUCUUGCCAGCACCUUGUCUGUCUGUGUCUUACCAGCACCAUGUCUGUCUGUGUCUUGCCAGCACCUUCUCUGUCUAUGUCUUGUCUGCAUAUAUCCUAUCUGGAUUGUUUCUGGUCUGUGUGUUUCUUUCUUUUCUUACUUCGUUCUGUGUCUUAGCCUUUAUGUGUCGUAUUCGUAUGUGUCCUGUCUGCAUCAAUGACUGUAUGUAUUACUGACUUGCCCGUCAUGUUGUUGUCUUGGUUAGCAUGUUUUCUGUAAUUUUGUUGGUCCUUGUCUUGUUAGCGCUUGUCUGUGUCUUGUUAGCGCCUUGUUUGUCUGUGUCUUGUUACCGCCUUGUCUGUCUGUGUCUUAUUAGCGCCUUGUCUGUCUGUGUCUUGACUGCGUGUGUUUUGUUUGUAUUUGUCUUGCCCUCUCUCUUUCUCUCUCUCUCUCUCCCUCCCUCUCUCUCUCUCUCUCUCUCUCUCUCUCUCUCUCUCUCUCUCUCUCUCUCUCUCUCUCUCUCUCUCUCUCUCUCUCUCUCUCUCUCUCUCUCUCUCUCUCUCUCUCUCUCUCUCUCUCUCUCUUUCUCCUCACUGUGUCUUGUUCAUCUUCGUUUUGAAUUUUGGACAUCGGCUGUAUUUGUCAUGGCUCUCUCGUCUUGUCUGCCAGUGUCUUGUCUAUAUGUGUCUUGUCUGUCAUUGUCUUGUCUGUCAUUGUCUUGUCGUUAUUUGUCUUGACUACUGCGUCUUGUAUGGUUGUGCCUUGGCUGUGUAUGUCUUUGCUGUCUGUGUCUGCCACCGUAUGACGUCGUCGAUCUAUACAUAGCCCUAUUAGCAGGUUCUGCCAUCAUGUCUUAAAUGUAAGAAGAAUCGAUGGCCUUCCAUGUCCACUUAUCAAUGUUGGACAAGUGGGUCAGGUAAGGGGGUGGGCAAGUGGGUGAGGUAAGGGAGUCGGUUAGGAUAAUGUGUUAGGGGGUGAGAUAAGGGUAUUGUAGAUGUGUUCUCAGAUGGUGAGCUAUGAGAAUGUGUUUUGAGGGUGACAUUAGGGUUGUAGAUGACUUCUCAGAUGAUGAGCUAUGAGAAUGUGUUUGGACGGUGACAUUAGGGUUGUAGAUGAGCUGUUAUAAGAUUAGGCAUAAUCACGUGUAUAUAUUUAUUUCUAGUACACAUGUCAACAAAUCUUUUCAUUUUAAGAUCAUAAGAAAGUUAUGUAUUGACAGGUCCUUUUAUGAAAAGUUAUGAAUUGACAGUUCCACGUAUGAUAUUUUAUGUAUUGACAGUUCCACGUAUGAUAUGUCCAUAAACCCUCCAAAACUCAACAAUUGGUACACAAUCUUGUUAUCGUUAAACAUCAUGGCCGUGAAAUGCAGUCAAUAUUAUCCUCUACUGUAUACAGCUUACUGUGAAGAGUUUGUUUGUUCCAAUUGUAAGUAGCUACUUUAUAACUUUAUAAAUGACAAUGUAUGGAUGGAUGUAGACCCACUAGUGGUCCAAACUCAAUAGUCAAAAGAGCCAAAAAUCAGCAGCAGGACGAUUAACAAAGAAUUGAGAGGUGCAUUUAUUUUCAAGAACCUGCCAAGAACCACGUUUUUAGAAGUCAAACCCGAUUUGUAGCCGACUGGCCGAGCCGCACUCAAUUCGCUAAAGAGCCGCAUGCGGCUCUAGAGCCUCGAUUCGCCGACCACUGAUCUAGACUAAACUGGGAAAUCUAUAUUGAAAAACUGGUGGGUUUUAAACCGAUAACAUUGAUACCUUAAGGGGCCAGGGGGCACUUAUUUCAUUGGGCUUAGGUAACAUUGGGCUGUACGUUAAUUAAUUGAUAUACGCCAAACUUUGUUGGGGGUACCCUUUAUGUUCUAUUUUAAAAUGGAUGCGACUAUUCGCACCCGGGUCCCUUAAGACCAAUGCUAUUCGGAUGUCAUUCGUGGUAGUUUAUUUUAGUUAAACUGAAGAAGUAAGUUUACAAACAUAUAGUCCAUUCAAUUAUCUUUCAUUUGAAACCUCAGUUUGCCUUCACACCUAAAAUAUAAUUUUUUAAAUAGUUUUUUAAUCCCAACCUCUCACUUCUAGUACCCGGGUACGAAUAGCCACUUCGUUUUAAACUAGCGUUUUUUUUUUUGUUUUUUGUUUUUUAAUGGCUACCUUCUACGUUCAAUUUUUUAUAAGGGUUUAAAGGUUAUAUAAAAAUUAUUAAUUAUUUUUAUGUUUCUAUAAAUCUCUAUGUGUUCUUCAAAUAUAGCGAAAUCAAUUUUAUUUUUUCUAGAAAUUUCCAAUAUGUAUGUUCCUUAUAAAAGGGAAAGAUAUAAACAAAAGCUUAGCUUGCAAUACAAGCUAUACAAAAAAAUCUUAGUUUACGAUGCAAGGUAUAUACAAAAGCUUAGUUUACGAUGCAAGCUAUCCAUGAAGGUUUGGGUUACAAUGCAGCCUUCUUUCAAUAAAUAAUUAUGCCAAGACCAAAUUUUGUAAACAUACAUCAUUAACCCCUAGUCAUAUCGGUGCAUCUUAAACUAAUAAUAUACCAUCCGUUUUUGGGCGUGGGGAGGGGGGGGCGAUUUUAUUUGAUAUAAAAUAUUCUAUCUUUGGCUUUAACAACCGAUUUGAAUGGGGCAACUUUACACAUAAACCCAACCUAAAAUGUUCUAUUUUUGGCGUUAACAACCGAUUUGAAUGGGGCAACUUUACACAUAAACCCAACCUAAAAUGUUCUAUCUUUGGCUUUAACAACCGAUUUGAAUGGGGCAACUUUACACAUAAACCCAACCUAAAAUGUUCUAUUUUUGGCGUUAACAACCGAUUUGAAUGGGGCAACUUUACACAUAAACCCAUCCUAAAAUGUUCUAUCUUUUGCGUUAACAACCGAUUUGAAUGGGGCAACUUUACACAUAAACCCAACCUAAAAUGUUCUAUCUUUGGCGUUAACAACGGCUUUGAAUGGGGCAGCUUUACACAUAAACCCAACCUAAAAUGUUCUAUCUUUGGCGUUAACAACCGCUUUGAAUGGGGCAACUUUACACAUAAACCCAACCUAAAAUGUUCUAUCUUUGGCGUUAACAACCGCUUUGAAUGAGGCAACUUUACAAAUAAACCCAACCUAAAAUGUUCUAUCUUUGGCGUUAACAACGGCUUUGAAUGGGGCAACUUUACACAUAAACCCAACCUAAAAUGUUCAUUCCUGUGAAAUAAUAAAGAUUACGUCUUUAUGAAAUUUUAGGGAUUUUUAAAUUUGUCGCCUUUUGGAAGAGUACCAGACGGGGAUUUUAUUUUAUUUUAAAUAAUAAAACGUAUCUAUUUUUGGCAUUGGAGAAGACCAUUUUUAAUAAGAAAUUUCAAUCUAGAUUUCGUUUACAUUAACAAUGUUGUCAUUUUUUUAAUUUGUUUAUAAUUAUAUUUUCGAAGCUUUCGAAAUGUACUGAGUUGAUAAGGAAAAAUGAUGAGUUGAGGAUGUUGACAAGUUUUACAUUUGUUUUAUUUUUUCAAACAAGUUGUGGACAACAUAAGUUUAAAUUUGAAGCUAUGGACCACAAAAUGGAGCUUCCCAUUUCUUAACAGCGCUGUCAAUCAAUGAGCAACGUUAUCCUCUCAUCCUUAAAUAACAUACAACACCUAAAAGUACCAUCCAACACCCUCUAAAGACCAGCCAAACACCGUCAAAGUACCUUCCAUACACCCUCCCAAAUACCUUCCACAGACCCCUCGAGUACCUUCCACACACCCCUCGAUUUCCUUCCAAACACCCUCAAAGUACCUUCCACGCACAUUAAAGGUAGCUUCCACACACCCCUCGAGUACCUUCCACACACAAGAAGAAGACUUAAAUGUGGUAAACUAUCCAAUGACUUUUGGGAUGACGACUAAUAAGGCAAAUCUCAUUCUAUUAAAAUCCUAGUUCCCUAGUUAAUAGGAUAACGGGGAGCUAUGUGGUGAAUUUUUUUGAGAAUUAAUCCCACAGACAACACACUUGAUGACGUACUAGACUUUCCUGAGCCGACCAAUCGAUCAACAACUUUUUAAUCCUAGUCCCACCCCCCACCCCCCAACCCUGGCACGCCUUCCCGACACACCAGAGAAGCCGAGACAUCAGCUUUAUUCCCAGUCUUAAAGUCUCUAAGAUUGCUGGGUAUGAAUACAAAAUAUACUGAAUACUUUAUGAUUUGUUUGAUUUAUAUAAAUACUAUCAGACCUAAAAAUGUACCCAUGGUGCUAGUAAACAUCACUAAAGUUUGCCUAAAUAUUCAACAAGUAGCGACUGAUGAUGUCACAACGUCAACGCUGAACAUCAGCCAAACGUAAUUUUCAUUGGAGUCUGAGGGACGUCCGCUUUAAAGGCACCUACAUUUUUCUUGGUUUGAAAGAUAGUUGAGAAUUAUUAUCUUAGGAGAGGAAUAAUGCAUUCAUUGAGAUUGCAAAUUUUGAGCUCAAAAUUCCGUUCGGAAAAUCCGUGUAUCUUCCCGAUGUGACAAUUUUUCAGCCAACAGCCUCAAAUUCUGAACUGGUCUCAAGUCAUUUUAUCUCCUGAUUAAGCCAAGUAUUAAAAUGAUUUUGUCACUGACCAUUUGAUUGGGGCUGGAGAUUUUUAUCAGAUAACUCUGCUGAUCUAACUAUCUGGUGUGCUCUUGACAUUUUGGUUUGCUCAUGACAUUCUGGUGCCAUCAUAUCAUUGUGGUUAGCUCAUGACAUUAUGGUGCCAUCAUAUCAUUGUGGUUUGCUCAUGGCAUUCUGCUGCCAUCAUAUCAUUCUGGUUAGCUCAUGACAAUCUGGUGCCAUCAUAUCUUUGCGGUUAGCUCAUGACAUUCUGGUGCCAUCGUAUCAUUGGGGUUAGCUCAUGACAUUCCGGUGCCAUCAUAUCAUUCUGGUUAGCUCAUGACAUUCUGGUGCAAUCAUAUCAUUGUGGUUAGCUCAUGACAUUCCGGUGCCAUCAUAUCAUUGUGGUUAGCUCAUGACAUUCUGGUACCAUCAUAUCAUUGUGGUUAGCUCUUGACAUUCCGGUGUCAUCAUAUCAAUGUGGUUGGCUCAUGACAUUCUGGUGCCAUCAUAUCAAUGUGGUUAGCUCAUGACAUUCCGGUGCCAUCAUAUUAUUGUGGUUAGCUCAUGACAUUCCGGUGCCAUCAUAUCAUUGUGGUUAGCUCAUGACAUUCUGGUGCCAUCAUAUCAUUGUGGUUAGCUCAUGACAUUCUGGUGCCAUCAUAUCAUUGUGGUUAGCUCAUGACAUUCUGGUGUCAUCAUAUCAUUGUGGUUUGCUCAUGACAUUCUGGUGUCAUCAUAUUAUUGUGGUUAGCUCAUGACAUUCUGGUGCCAUCAUAUCAUUGUGGUUAGCUCAUGACAUUCUGGUACCAUCAUAUUAUUGUGGUUAGCUCAUGACUUUCUGGUGCCAUCAUAUCAUUGUGGCUAGCUCAUGACAUUCUGGUGCAAUCAUAUCAUUGUGGUUAGCUCAUUACAUUCUGGUGCCAUAAUAUCAUUGUGGUUAGCUCAUGACAUUCUGGUGUCAUCAUAUCAUUGUGGUUUGCUCAUGACAUUCUGGUGCCAUCAUAUUAUUGUGGUUAGCUCAUGACAUUCUGGUGCCAUCAUAUCAUUGUGGUUAGCUCAUGACAUUUCGGUGCCAUCAUAUAAUUCUGGUUAGCUCAUGACAUUCUGGUGCCAUCAUAUCAUUGUGGUUUGCUCAUGACAUUCUGGUGCCAUCAUAUCAUUGUGGUGUACUACAUGAAUUCUGAUGUGGUCAGUGCAUGCCAGUGUUAUCUUGACCUUUCCAAUAUUCCAAGUUUAUUUGUAUGCGAUCUAUGUCAUGCCGACUUUCUGCUUCCAGCCAUCGACAUUGACAGACGAGCCUAGAAAUUUAAAAAAAAAUCUGGCUCAUUCGUUUUACACUGUGUAUUUAACCUCGCUAUUCACAUUUGACCUAGUUUUUUUCACAAUUGACCUAGUUAUUUACAUUUGACCUAGUUAUUCACAUGUGACAUGAAGAUAAUUAAUUUGAAAUAAUGCAAACGUUUGCUAAUGAUAUGAAGUAAUUCCCAAAAUACAACAAUGUAAAAUAUUGAUUCUUUACCUGGUAUUAUAUGCAACACAAAAUGAAUCGUUAUGUUAUUCCAGACGGUAGUCAACUGUAAACAAAUCCUAAUACCUAUAUAUAUAUGAAAUAUAAAUUACAAAGGGUUAAGGACAAGAGCCCCUAAUCAAAUGAAUAUAACAAGGUUGCCAAAGUUCUUUUAAAACAAUACUAUAUUUAUACGUUAGCUGUGAUCGGUGCCUUCAUAUCAUGGUUGACAUUUUCCAUUUUCUAGGCGGCUGUGACGAGACCCAGCGACCUGGUCACAUUCUGACGUGCAGCCAGCCCAGGUGUAUAAGCCCCGCCUUCUGUGCCGAAAUUGACGUGUGUGACUGCCCCACGAUCGGGGGCCCUUACACCCUGUACGAGGUCAACAGCACCGCCACUACCUGCGUUAUGAAUACAACGGGACCACCGGACAGUGCCUUGGAGAAUAAAGCCGAGAUGGGUGAGUGCUUAGUGGAAAUCUGA